CAUAAAUAAUAAAAACAAUGAAUGUGAAACAUUCACUGCAGAUUCUUGUCAGCAUUUUAUUUCGUCACAUUCAGCCUGUUUGUGUCUCCCAUACCAGACCAAACCGGAUUUAUUUCGACAACGGUAUUCUAUAAAAAUGAAGGCCAUCUUUUUUUGCAUUCCUAUUUUUUCAUCCAACGGCACAACAAUAUUUCAUUCCUUUAUUCCGAAGGUCUUGGCCGUUUUCCUGCAGUUUUCUGCCACCCCCAAACUUCCCAAACUGACGUAACGUAACGUCCACUCCAAAUGGGUCUAUAGACAGAAACGAAUGUGAAAGUUAAAUACAUCUGUAUCCAGACUUGACCUAUUCCAGAACAUUUUAUUUUUGGUAAAUACACUUGCUUAAGAUUUGUGUGGAUAAAAUAUAAUUUUUUGGUAAAGUGAACGCAAACCGGCGAAAAUCAGAGCUACUGCAUUCCAUCGAUAAAAAUGUCUGACCUGAGGAUUGUUCUGGUGGGGAAGACUGGAUCAGGGAAGAGUGCAACAGGAAACACCAUCCUGGGGAGGAAAGCCUUUAAAGAAGACAUGUCUGCUACGUCUGUGACCAGAUGGUGUGAGAAACAGAGUGGAGUUGUGGGUAAGAGGAGGAUUGAUGUCAUUGACACACCAGGGCUCUUUGAAACAACACUGACUGAAGAAGAAAGGAAGGAGAUUGAAGCCGAAAUUAAGAAAGAGAUUGAAGCCAAAAUGAAGAAAGAGAUGGAAGCCAAAAGGAUGAAAGAGACUGAAGAAGAUAUGAAGAAAGAAAUGGAAGACAAAAUUAAUAAAGAGAUUGAAGUAAAAGUGAAGAAUGGAAUGGAAGACAAAAUGAAGAAAGUGAUUGAAUAUCAAAUUAAGAAAGAGAUAGAGAGGUGCAUUGACAUGUCUGUCCCAGGACCCCAUGUGUUCCUCCUGGUGGUCAGACUGGGAGUGAGGUUCACAGAGGAGGAGCAGAAUGCUGUGAAGUGGAUCCAGGAGAACUUUGGAGAAGAUACAUCUAAGUUCACCAUUGUGCUCUACACUCAUGGAGAUGAAGUGAAGAAGAAAACGAUCGAGGAGUAUUUGGAAGAAAGCCCAGAGCUACGAAGGCUUAACUACAACUGUGGAAACAGAUAUCACGUCUUCAACAAUAACGAGAAUGUCGACCAGACUCAGGUCACAAAGCUGCUGAGGAUGAUAGAUGAGAUGGUGGAGGCUAAUGGAGGAGGACACUACACCAGUAAGAUGUAUGAGGAGGCUCAGAGAAAGAUUAAAAGUGAGGAAUGGAAGAAAUGGGGAAAAGAAAAGGCCAUUGAUGUUGCUGCUUUAGUGGCAGCGGUAGGAGUAGGAGCUUUCGUAGGACCCACACCUCUAAAGGCAGUUGCAACUGCAGCUACAAUAGCUAUAGGAUCAUUAAUAGGACAAGUUCUGAAAAGAUAAAACUUACUGGAUUAGCCUCACGCUAACUACGUGCAUCGAGUGCCUUUCAGACGGUAGACAUGAACACAGUCACCUUGUCAGCUAGGGAACACUACAUACACUCCACUGCAAGCUUCUAUCAUUGACUCGAAUUCAAACAGCUGCAAAAGCUGGUUGAUGUUACUGUCGCUUGCUAGCAAAUGUCAGCUAACCGCUAGCUAACAAAAAGUGUGACCUUGUAACACUGGGGAACACAAUUUACAUUGACUUAGAUCUGACACUUAUUUUUGACAAACCUUUGGUCUCUGAAUCCAAUUUCCUUUUCUAUAAUAUCAAACUUUUGAGCUACAGGAUACCCUUGCUUUGUCUCACGAAUCAGGGCUGUACGACGAGAACUAACAGAGGCGGCUAUGAUCUGAAAGAAAGGAGAUAUUUGAAUACAAAAUAAGUUGAACAGUCACAAGCUUAGAAAAGCAAAAAACACACUUACAGAAGGUCUGCUAAACCCUUGUAUACAGACUUUUGCCGAUUAUCUGUAAAGGGCUGUAUAAAAGGGGUUAGGAGACCGUAUACAAGUUUUUUUUGUGACUGUUCUUAUGUAAACGUCUGACCCACUGGGAAUUUGAUGAAUACAAUAAAAGCUGAAAACAUUAUCUCUGUUAUUAUUCUGACAUUUCACAUUCUUAAAAUAAAGUGGUGAUCCUAACUGACCUACGAGGGUGAGUUUUUACUAGGAUUUAAUGUCAGGAAUUGUGAACAACUAAGUUUAAAUGUUUUGGGCUAAGGUGUACGUACAUUUCUGACUUCAGCUGUAUGUUGUCAACAUUAUGAUGAGCGACACUGUAAAAUGUUAUGAUAUUUUAACAUAUAUUUGACAUGUAUUACUAUAUAACAGGCAAAUGAAUCCUUACCUGAAGGUAUUUUCUUGUGUACCGUCUUGCCUGUUAACCCAGGGAUUCAUAAGUGAACCGUCUUGCCUGUUAACCCAGGGAUUCAUAAGUGAACCGUCUUGCCUGUUAACCCAGGGAUUCAUAAGUGAACCGUCUUGCCUGUUAACCCAGGGAUUCAUAAGUGAACCGUCUUGCCUGUUAACCCAGGGAUUCAUAAGUGAACCGUCUUGCCUGUUAACCCAGGGAUUCAUAAGUGAACCGUCUUGCCUGUUAACCCAGGGAUUCAUAAGUGAACCGUCUUGCCUGUUAACCCAGGGAUUCAUAAGUGAACCGUCUUGCCUGUUAACCCAGGGAUUCAUAAGUGAACCGUCUUGCCUGUUAACCCAGGGAUUCAUAAGUGAUGCUGUUUAAAUAUUCUUCAGUAAGAGUGGAGAAACCUUAGUAGGUUUUAUAUUUGAUUGAUAUUUUGUGUUCUAGAUGUAGGAAACUGAGUCUUUGCUGCACCGCAUUUCCAUUUGCAUUGGUAAUCACUUUAUAAAGCAGUGAGGCAUCUUGGGGGUUGUAGUACAUCUGGAAGAUUUACAUGCUUUAUUAUUAUUAUUCUUAGUAUUACUUUAUAAGCCUUUUGUGUAUUUUAUUUACAUUUAAAUAACUCUGCAGAUGCUCUUGUCCAGAUUGACUUACUCUAGUCAGUGUAUACAUUUUCAAACUUUGUCAUUAUUCUAUUUGUACUAGACAUAAAAAAGUUACAUAAAAACAAUGAAUACAACCCUUCACUUCA